CAAAAUCUCUGAUACCAGACAUACUUUGAGACCGGAAUUGCGGUGAGCUGUGACAACUGAUUGUCAGCAAAAAAAAAAACGUCGUAGACACGCAAUAGACAUAAUGAGUACCGCAGUGAACGGAAAGGCAACUCCAGUCGAGAGCAUUGGCCGCCGAAAUGCGAUCCCCGUCAUUCAUGCCAGAGGAACUCACUACGAGAUCGGUUUCGACAUAGGACGAACAUUCGCGAGCCUGAUUCAAAAUUACGUUAGCAAUUACAGACCGUUGAACGAGUCCUAUUUACCAUUAUACGAAACUGAAGCAGGACGCAAGGUAUACGAUGAAACGUUAUCCAGCGUUAAGGAACAAUUUCCACAGUACGUGAGAGAAAUUCAAGGGACUGCCGAUGGAGCUAAAGUCCCUUUUCACAAGCUCUUCCUGAUGCAUCUCGAUGAGAUUCUACCAAUCGCAGCAACUGGUACUCCUGAGAACACAAAACCGGUCGGCUGCUCCACUGUGAUUUGCAACCAGCCAGGCCAGGAAGUAUUGGGCCAUACCGAAGAUGCGUUAGACGAAACAAUGAAUCAUUGGUACCUUGUGUCGGCACACAUUGUCGAACCUGGUCUCAGAGAAGAGAAGUUUACGUCACUCAGCUACGCCGGUUUUCUUCCUGGUUACACGAUGGGCUUCAAUCAUCACGGUCUGGUGUACAGCAUCAAUACUCUGAGCGCCAAGAUACUGAGAUCUGGGAAAACUCCCAGGUACUUCAUCACUCGUUCUCUGCUCGGCGUUGAGAACUUUGUGCAAGCGCAACAAACCUUGAGAAACGAAGGGUAUGGAGCAGCGGAAGGAUUUUCAGUCAACAUGACUUUUCUCACUCAGGAAGGAGACAGAAUGUUUCACAACGCAGAAGUUGGUCCGGUAGAAAUUGGGGCUUCGCAGUCGCAGCUUAGCAUUCUGACUGCCAGUCCUGGGGAGCAGUUUUAUCACUGUAACAAGUACUUGAGACUAAGUGUACCUGAAGUUGAUGGUAUGAUUAUUAAAAGCAGUGAAUGCAGAAUGGCUGCAAUUUCUCGUCAUCCUUCACCCAAGAAUCGUCAAGAUGUGAUUAAUAUUUUAGGAGAUCAGACUGAUAGUGAGUUCCGAGUCUUUGAGACCGGAAAUGUGGAUCACGUUGCAACUAUCGCUGUCGGCAUAUUUGACUGCAUUGAGAAAACCUGGUCCGUCUACACUGAUAAUCCAAAAAGCAACGAUCCGAUAAUGGUGAUACCCUUACAACUGAACAACAACAACAACAAUGACACAAACAGUGUUUCGAAAAAUACAUCAUCAGUCAUUGGAAUUUAAUAACUGCAGUAGAUACCAUUAUAGAAAAUAAAUUCUUAAUGUGCCUUUGACUUGCCCAAAAUGCAAAAUGCGUUUAAAUCAUCUUAACUGGAGAUGAUAAAGGGUUUUUUGCGACUAAUCUUAUGUUAGGUAAUAUUUAUAGUUUGGAUGUAAACUUAAAAGCAACCGAAAUUAGAUUGUAUUUUAAUAUUUGCGUAAUUGUAAGAAAGUUCAAGCUAUGAUGAUGGUUUAAAAAAGAUCAUGUAUCAUUCCUGUAUCACAUUCAUGAUUAACGAACAUCGCG